CAUAUUUGUUUACGUUAAUUCACCCCCUUGCUACACAUACACUACCGACAAUGGGCGAAGCGGCAGUCGCAUACGAGCACCAGCAAGAGCAGCUGAAGGCACAGCACCCUGGGCGGUGGCAGGGCGUGGUUGAGCCAGCGCAAACGCGAUUGGGACAAUGCGUUUCUCGAAAAGUACAACGAUUUGGAGGCUACUUUGCACGAAAACGACAACUGGCUGUCACUCUACACCCAGAGCAUGGCUGAGAUCAACGACGACCGGCCCGACAUGGCUAUUACAAGAGCGCUAAAAACGUCUUCGGCACGGCGGCGUGGACGUAUUCACAGAGACGUGCGGAAUGUGUUUGGACAAGGCAAGGGCGGCGACUACCUGCCACCAGAGGCCACGCAAAUGUCGCCGCUCGGGACGCUGAGAGUGCGCACCAUCGAUAUUGGCAGAGCGCCGUCCCAGGACAGCACACAUAACGACAGCAAUCUGUCGUGGGCCUUAUCGCACGGGCCGAUGAUCCCACAUAUCCCCACAUCGCUGAACUCUGGCCAGCUGCUACCAGCGAUUCCCGAUACCGGUGACGAAGACGACGGUGGGAUGGAAACGGCACCAGAGACGCCGUUGCCAGUAAAGCCACCGGCUCUGUAUGAGCCGCUGCAGGAACGGUCGGCAGGGCCGGUUCAGCGUAAGGCUACGCCGAUUCUCACCACGCAGUCGCAGUCGCAUCCGCGCACAUCACCCAUGUCGGCAAACCGGCCAGUACAUCCAAAGUUUACACCAACCUCGAUGCCUACACUGCGUGAUCUGCUGAUGCCACCCACAGCACUGCAAAAGACCCCGACGCGUCCGGUCACCAAUAUCAGCUACGAUAUGGGCAGCUUGUCGAUAGAGUCCAAGAAGCGCCGCACGUCGCAGUCGUCAGAGGAGAUCUCGUCGUCGUCAUCAGUGUCGGAACAGCUGCCCAGCAAGCCGAGCGUGUCGAGCGAUGGCGAGCAGCCCACAGAGCAUGUGGAGAUGACACGCGGUGAAGAAGACGUGCGCGAGAAACUGCAACGUGUCAGUAUCGAGAUGGCACAGGGAGACCAUGCGGAACUGUCGCGGAUCACUGAGGAGGAAGAGGAGCGUAGCACGAUGUCCAACAGCUCGGUACAAGACGACUUGUGCGACCUGCAAAAGGGGAUCGAGGACGUUGAGGCCAUGAUUGCCCCCAGCAGCGGCGAUGAGGAGGAGCAGCAUAGGCGCGAGGAGAAGAAACAGCAGUCUAAUGCAUCUGCGCGUCGGCUGAAGAAGGACAGUCUGUUUGUAGACGUUCGAUAUUGACCUAGAGCCGCUGGAAGUCUCGCUGGAUAAUGUCGGUGUGGAAAAGCAGCCGGACACUGCCAAGCCUGUGAUGAAGCACCCGGCAGGCAUCAAGGGGAAGCGCAAGCAUUCGGGAGACGACAUGCCUAGCAGCAGCACAUCAGCGAUAAGCGGUGGCACUGCUCGCACCCAUCUAUUGACGCCCACACAGUCGUCGCUGGCGAGGAC